UCAAUCUCUCGAUCCAAACCAAUCAAAAUCCCCAAAAUCCUAAACCAACUACAAAACGAUGUCUUCUUCCCCAGCCCUACAUUUACACCUCUCCUUCGUCCCUUUCCCUCGUUCCCAAUCCCUAGGCUUCCCUCUCCAAUCUCUCUCGCUCUCUCCGUUGCUCGCUUUCUCGUUUACAGGGUUUCUGUAGGGUUCCGCAUCCCCAAUUAGGCCCUGCUCGCGGUUUUUAAGGAUUUCGGGUUUCGUUUCUUGAUUUGGUGGCGAACCCAAAUGAUGCAGAGAGCGCCAUGGCUGAGUCUCGGAUAGGUUUAACAAUGUGGAGCUCGGUCGCGAACCGGAAUUCGGGUACGGAAUUCAGGGAUAUGUGGUUUAUCGGCUGCAGGUUUCGUCUUCGAUCGGCGGUCGAUUCGUACUCCGUGGCUUGCGAGGCAUUUUCUGAACACCGUCUUCUUCUGAUUCCGGUUGGGGGUACAAGCAAGCAGCUUUGAUAGGAUUUGCGAGGAUCGUUUUCUGUGUUUUCGCUCUGAAGAACAAACAAAGUUGUUUCUUUGGGGAGAUUGUUUUCGUUAUGGAUUCCUGUAGUGGUUUGGUUGGUGGAAAAUCUGAUUGUGACGAUGGCGGCGUUGUGGAGAAAGAUCCGACUGGGAAAUACUUGCGGUAUGACGAAGUGUUGGGGAGGGGAGCAUUCAAGACUGUAUAUAAGGCAUUUGAUGAGGUUGAAGGAAUAGAAGUAGCCUGGUGCCAAGUGAGUAUUGAGGAUGUUCUGCAGUCGCCAGAACAGCUUGAAAGAUUGUAUUCGGAGGUUCAUCUUCUGAAGUCAUUAAAACAUCAAAACAUCGUUAAGUUCUAUAACUCUUGGGUUGAUGAUAAGAACAAGACCAUCAACAUGAUAACAGAGUUAUUCACUUCCGGGAGUUUAAGGCAGUACAGAAGGAAGCAUAAGAAUGUUGAUAUGAAGGCCAUUAAGAACUGGGCAAGGCAGAUUCUUCGAGGCUUGCACUAUCUGCAUUCACACAAUCCUCCAAUUAUUCAUAGAGAUUUGAAGUGUGACAAUGUAUUUGUUAAUGGAAAUAAUGGAGAAAUUAAAAUUGGAGAUCUUGGGUUGGCGAUAGUCAUGCAGCAGCCUACUGCCCAUAGCGUAAUUGGCACCCCGGAAUUCAUGGCUCCAGAGCUUUAUGAUGAGGAAUACAAUGAACUUGUCGACAUCUAUUCUUUUGGCAUGUGCAUGUUAGAAAUGGUGACUUGUGAAUACCCUUAUAGCGAAUGUAAAAAUCCAGCACAAAUUUACAGGAAGGUUACCUCGGGUAUAAAGCCUGCUUCACUCAGUAAAGUGGAAAGUCCUCAAGUCAAGCAGUUCAUAGAGAAGUGUCUAGUUCCAGCAUCUAUGAGAUUGACUGCGACAGAGCUCUUGAAAGAUCCAUUCCUUGCAACUGACAAUUUGAAGGAGCGUAGUUGUGAUCUUUCGCAACUACCCAAUCUUGUGCCCAAGUUGGUGAACUUGCCACAGCCCGAAGCUCGCCCUAUGGACCUAGAUACUAACGACCAGAAGUUUUCUAUUGGAUCUUGUAGGAAAAGUGUCAAUGAAACUUCUAACUCUUCAGUUCUGGAGUUUUGGAGGUUCACAGAGAAUAAUGAGUUCAGGUUAAGAGCUGAACAAAAUACGCAUACUACCGUCUCUUUAACUCUGCGCAUUGCUGAUACCUGUGGUCGUGUGAGGAAUAUCCAUUUUAAGUUCUAUCUUGAUUCUGAUACUGCAAUGUCAAUUGCUGGGGAAAUGGUUGAGCAACUUGAUCUUUCACACGAAGAUAUCUCUGUCAUAGCUGAGUUAAUUGACAAAUUGAUUAUGAAGCUUGUACCAGGCUGGAAACCUUCAUCCGAAAGUUCAUCAUGUGGAGCUAACAGUUCAUGUGGGGAUCAACCUGCACAUCAAAAUAUUCUGUCACCAUUGGCAUAUGCAGAAGACCAAGAUAACCAAGCAACAAUGAUUUCAGAUACCUCAGCCUGCUCAGCCCAGUAUGGCGUCCCUACUGCCUCAUGUAAUGUCAACGUUUCAGAAUCGGCCAAGUACAGUUCUGAUGAACGCUGCACAGGUUCAGAUAGGUACGGUUCCAGUCCGGAUUGUAUGGUUCAGGCCAGACUCAAGGAGAAGAGCUAUGAAGCUGGUUCUGGUGAUUCUGUUGUUAUGAAUGACGCAUGCCCUGACAUGUCAAGCAUUUGCUCCUUAUCUGAGUUGUCUCUAGUGGACAAAGAUCGGUAUGAUGAGCUGAAGGGGGAGCUUGUUGCUAUUGAUGUGCAGUAUCAUCAAUGUCUUCUCGAACUCUUGAGGAUGAGGGAAGAAGAAAUUCAGAAUGCCAAGAAGAGGUGGAUAGAAAAAAAGAAAAUAGCUGUUAAUUAAUGUACUAUUUUGUCUUCCUGGGGUGACUUUAUUUCUUUUCCUUGUUAACAUUCAUUUAAUUCUUGUAUUUUUUUUUUUUCCUUAAGAAAACGCAGGGAUCUGUUUUGGUACAUAAUUUGUUUUACGGUUAUUAAUGAAUAUUUUUUUGUUUU